AAAUUGUCUUUCUUCUGGUAACUGAGAAACAGAGAGUGAAUAUGAGGCUGGUCUAUGAAGAUUCUGUGAUCGAAGGGGAUGGUACUGGAAUACAAAAAUCUGCUGACUUGAAAUCCUUCGACUGUUUAUGGAUGGUGGUUGGGAUAUUAUUAUUGUUUCGUUCUUAAUUGUUAUUGUUUUGACAGCAGCAGACUGGCAUCCGAUGGAAGUGGCUGGCCAUCCCUCAGAAUCUCCACCCCGCACUCCUUCCCUCACUGAUUCGGAAGAUUGUUUCUCUGACAGUACAGUCCCCGAUCCUGACGACGUUUUUCUCUCCCCCUCAGAGGACGGUGCCGCUUCUUCCUGGUCAUUCUCAUCCUCUUGGGACACAUCAUCCUGCAGGAGGACAGGAAGGAACAGGUUGUCCAGACGCCGUUGUCGACUUCCCUUGGAGACCGGCGGCAGUCAUUCUACGGCCCUGGUGCAGAGGGGUGACUUUUCUCCGCCCGCACAGAGUAGGGGUGGCGUCCCGAGGAAACUCGUCCGGAGAAUGUUCACGAACAGCAGAGAGCGCUGGAGACAGCAGAACGUGAACGGGGCGUUCGCUGACCUGAGGCGGCUGGUCCCUACCCACCCGCCGGACAAGAAGCUGAGCAAAAACGAGAUCUUGAGGUUAGCCAUCAAGUACAUAAAACUCCUGAGUUCGAUACUGGAGUACCAGAAAAGGAACGAUCCGAGUUGUGAGGAAGGGACGGGGAGCGGGGUGAGGACGAACUGUAUAAAAGCGGAACAUCACGAGGACGGACUCUCCGAAGCCAGUUCUCCCGCGUCCAGUCUCAGCAGUGAAUCCAACCACACAGAUGGACAAGAGGAGAGAGUCUUUUGAGAAUAGAAUCGACACUGUACAUACAUUGGAUGUAGAUAUAUUAAAACUUUUCUUUGUUAUUUCAAACAUCAUUCAGUACUCUAUAUCAAACUGAAAAACAAGACUAAAACAAGUGCCGUCAGGCUAGUUGAAAAAUCUGGCUUCUUGCAAACGUCGCUGCUGUUUUCCAAUGCAAAGGACUCAUUAGAAAUAUUUUUACUGCUUAACUUUUAUUUAUUUAUUUAUUUUAUUAUUUUUUUACCUGCCAGAGAUUUUUUAGGCUUGACACAAUGAAUCUGUAUGUUUCUGAUGGAAUUUGUUUCGGCCCAUUGCAAUAAAUUUUCAUUACAAAUUACAAUACUUUAGGAUAAUGGCUCUUUAUAUACCUUCAGGCCAAUCAUCUCCGAUGUAUCUUUGUGCUAAUCAGACAAUGUGUAAGGAAUCAGAAUGAAUUUGAUUGUUAUUAAACUUUUAAUAUGUGAUUAUUUGCAAUAAGCUUUCUAUAAAUUUAUUGCUAACUAGCUGAAAUAAAUGAAACUCAUUGAACAAUGAGUCAUCUCGCUUAAAAAUUACAUUCUUCUAAUUCGAAAGGUAUCUAUGCUCUUUGCAAUGAUCCAUAAAAAUGUCUGGCUGAUUUCAAAAUUCUUCUCCAAUUAGCUUGAUGCACCAUAAAAUGACGAUGGGUGUUUGCAAAGAUCCCUGUUCAUUCAAUUAACCUACGACAUAGAUUUAACGAUGUGUUUGAAAAUGUGUUGGACGUUUCUGUAUAUUUGUGUAGAUCAAAAUAAAGAAAAAAUAAAUUA